AUGCUCCGAGGUAAGAACCUGGCAAGAGCCAUGAGUAUGACUUCAUUCACUGCGCUUAACGCCCACUUUAGCCGAGAGAGUUACUUGCACAGCACUGUGUCAGCAACACAAGAAGAUUUCAUCCUUCUGGGUGAGGUCGGCCAACUCCCCGACCGUGACCAAUUCCCCCAUCUGGCACGUUGGGCAAAGCACAUCGGCAACCUGGCAAAACUUUUUCCAUACCGACGCUGGCCGGCAGCUGUCGAUGUGUGCGGCAGUGAGGAAGAUCUGGGCGCCGUCAAAGUUGGCCCGGUUUCCGUUGACGAUUCCGAGGAAAGCCCGGUGCCACCACCCAAGCCGGACCCAAUACCAGCGCCAACGCCUCUGAAAGAACCUGAAGGAGACCAGCCAUUCAAACUGGUCCCUUUGAUGAAGCCAUCUUUGACUGAGGGCGGCGUCGACACUUGCAUUGAAACCGUUGCAAAGCGAAAGUUCAAAAGAGAGUGGCAGGAACUGAGCCGCGAUAGCAAGGCUGAACUUGCCCAACGAAUGGCCGGACACCUGAUGGAGAGACCUUUGCAGCACGCGCCUGACGCGGCCAACCUGCCGUGA